AUGUCCUUUCGCAAGCGCAAUAUCGGUCUCUCUCCCGGAGUGGACCGCAACGCUGUUCCCAAUGCUACCGCACAGCCCGCUGCGCCAGAGAGCACGCCCGGCAUCCGCCCCUCCCCCGAUGAUGGACGUCCAACAACCUCGACAGGGACUCGGUCUCUAGAUAAUCUUCUUGCAGGCCAUGCAGGACUUCCGAUGGGAAAGCUAUUGUUGAUUGAGGAGAAUGGAACUACGGAUUUCGCGGGCGCAUUGCUACGAUACUAUGCGGCGGAGGGUGUGAUCCAAGAGCAGAAGGUUCAUGUGAUUGGAGUGCCAGAGCAAUGGGGUCGAAGUUUGCCUGGCCUGAUCGGCUCAGCAGAAUCCUUGGACGAGAAGAGAUCUGAUAGGCGCAAGGAUGAUCGUAUGAAGAUUGCCUGGCGAUACGAGCGUUUGGGCGAGUUUGGGGCUGUCGCUGGUUCGCGGGGUGGCCCUUCUAAUCCCGGGGAGCAGGAUGCAGCAACAGCAAAAGAAGCGCCCGCUUUCUGUCACGCCUUCGAUCUCACAAAACGUCUCACCCACCCAUCUAUCACCAACAUGUCCUUCAUUCCACUUAUGCCCUCGAAAGAGUCACCAUUCCUCGCUAUCCUCAAACGACUCCAAACCACAAUCGCUUCCAGCGGCCCCGGUGUCAUUCACCGUAUCGUCAUUCCUUCUCUUCUCAACCCCACAAUGUACCCGCCUGACGCCUGCCAACCCCAGCACGUUCUCCAGUUCUUCCACGCUCUCAAAGCGCUGAUGAGUGCGCACACCACCCGUGUGACCGCAAUGAUCACCAUGCCUUUGUCUCUCUAUCCCCGAUCAUCAGGCCUGGUUCGGUGGAUCGAGCUGCUCAGUGAUGGCGUCAUUGAGCUUUGUCCCUUCCCACACUCCGCGGAUGCGAUGGCUACCUCGGGAGCGGCGACUUCCCAAGAAGAACCACCCCAGGGUAUGCUCAAGACUCAUCGCCUCCCAGUGUUGCAUGAGCGCGGUGGUGGAAGCGAUCAGAAUGUUGGACAGGAUUGGGCGUUUAUUUUGAGCCGUCGGCGAUUUGAGAUUAAGCCGUUCAGCCUGCCACCAGCUGAGGGGGAUACCGAGGCACAAGACGCGUCGGCUCCCAGCGGAAUGCCCAAGAAAUCGGAUCUCGAAUUUUGA